AUGUCUGCCGUAGUCGAAGUACGCUUCCAGGAGCUCUUCCAGGAUCUCGAAUCCCGCUUCCGCGCCUCCUCACUUCCCACCGACAAAUGGAUCAUCCUGGCUAUCGCUACGAUCGUCACCGGUCCAGACCCGGAACGCGCCGACCAGCUAUACCUCUACCUGAUUAACCAGGGGGCGUAUCACAGCACACCCGCACGCCAGACACUCAUCCGCCGACUUCGCGAAGCACUCUUCAAAUCCAUCAUCAUCGUGGGGGUGUGCAAACCCAUCGAGGCGAUCCUGGCCAUCAGCAAGCUUGAACGCGACGAAGACAAAGACUACAGCUUCACACGACAGGACUGGCAAUGUGACGAUGCCAACCACGAGCGGGGCACUGCGUGGUUGCAGAAGCUCUACGCGCGCAACACCACCGGUACAUUGGAUCUGUUCGCAGCGCAUCGUGAUUUCGCCUGGUUGUCGACCGAGAUCACGUACGGGUUGUUUUUGUCGGAUCGGCAGGCUCUAGAUGAUCUGGAUACGCAGAUGGUAGUGUUACCGGCUAUUAUGAGCCAAAAUCUCAAGGUCGAGACCCAUUGGCAUAUUCGGGGGACGCGACGGUUGGGCGUCUCCAAGGAGGAUGUCCAGGUGGUUUGGGAUUGUAUACAGCUGGUAGCGGGGUUCUUUGAUGUCAAGUUGGAUAAAGUGCCUUCAGUGGAAGAGGUGGAGCACGACGUUUAA